AUGUGUCAAUCGAAAGCAGCUAGACCCGGACAGUCGGCUGCCGAUGAUUUACCGGCCGAGGCCUCCACAGAGGUUGCCAUCCCACCAAUCCUGACUUUGGAACCAAUCAUUUAUCCCAGCGACCUUCAAGAGCUUCGCACAAAUGGAAUAGACCCAUGCACAAGGAGAUUCAUAGUGGGACGCUUCAUCAAUGGACUGCAGACCAAUUAUCCAGAUCAACACAAGCUUCUUGAAGAUGCUCUCGUCUUUUCUCUCAGCGAAAUAAGGGAGGACCGUGAGGAUUUGCUCCGCUCAGCAAAGGCAAAGAAAGCGCUUCCAAGGGAAGAGAAAGACUACAAGCCCACUAAGUUCCCAAGACUUAACGACGUCGACCCCGAAGGCUGGGUCAAAAAUCUUCCGCUUCCUGUUCUCAUUCUACUAGGACACCGCUGCAGCAAGCUUCGUCGAUAUCAACCCUUCGAAACCCCUUGCAAACCUCUUGCGCCAUACGAAGAACCUUGCCAUAACUCAAUCCUUGAAGAUCACAUUGCAUUCAUCUCGGGGCUCUCCUCCGAAUAUAUCCAGAGUGUUGACAGGAUUGUUGAAGUUGACAAGGAACUCAUCAUGCCUGUACCAAGCUCUUUCAGGUCCAAGUUUGGGAAAGAAGCCGAAGAGGUGUGUUUGUACAUGGUUUGCAGCUGUACCCAGGCUCUUUUCAGGAACCGCAAGACCUUGAACGAUGUCGUCUGGGAAGAUACAUUGAAGUCCUGCAAGAUCCUUGUCCGUCGAACAAACAAUGAUGAGAAGGUCAGGACACUUCUCGGGAUCAAUCAGGACAAUUGGAAGGACAUUCAUCAUGUGUUUACGCUUGCCAUUCCUGUCUUAGAAGCGCAAUCUCUCGCUCCCAUUGACCCUCAAACUGGGGCGAGUGGCUCGUUCUCAGCAUUGAUGGCGCUGAAUCACGAUACCUUGAUGAAAGAUCUUGACCGCUUGAAUGAUAUUCUGCUGGUUGCUCGGAACUGUCUGGCGACUGUCACAAAGGCUCAGAAUCUUGCAGGGGAAAGCCUACUCGAUCAGCAAGUCCAGAAACUUAUCGAUCUUUGCGUCCGUGUUACGGCCAGGGGCUACGAUGGGGAUACCGGCAGUCGUACAGAGAUACAGUGGGGAAACGUCAUUGGUGCAUAUAAAAAGCUUCUCAUCACAUGCCUGCAAUUCCUCUACAACUUUAUCCAGGAGAACGAACAGCGUAAGCUUUUGUUAUGGCUAGAUCUCUUUGCAAGUUCCAAGGUUGCAAAUCAGUACGCUGCUGGUGCCUUACCUGCUGGUAUGGGUCGAGAUCAUUUUGCUGCCAGGCUUGGUGGUACUAAGAAUCACGGUGCGGAGGAGGCGAAGGAAAUGCCUGAGCAAGGCUCUGACUUGUCGGCAACUGAUGAACCAGUGGGCAACACCAAUGGGACAUCCGACACCACAGCAACAGCAAACGGCCUUACAGACAGAGCUGGGCGUCAUGGUGACAAUACGAACCCUCUGAACUCUAUAGAUCAUCUGUCCAUUAGUGACCCUGAAGCGGACUUGAGCAGAGGCGUUCAUAUUCAAGAGGAGAGCGAAAAGAGUGGAGACCUGGCUUCAGGCGCGGCUUUAUCAAGUGAGGGUUCCAUUAAUGACCUGUCGAUCGCGCAUAAAACGGAAAAGGCCCAAACCGAGCAUUCAAGGGAAACCCAGCCAAAUGAGGAAUUUGCCAAUGAUACUCCGAUCGCAGACAAGAGUACCGACACCCAGUUUGGAGCAGCCCAGACUGACCGCGAAGAUGAAUUUGGGGCACUGAAAACACCUCAGUCAGCCGCGAUUACUCUGCAAACCGCAAAGGACCAAUUGAUGGCUCGACUAGCUGACACAGCUACUGGUGUCAUAAAUGACGAGGAGCAAGACCUAAUGACAUUCCCUGACGGUGGAGAUCCCAAGAGCCAUGGCGCGCCCUUGAGCGAUGACGAUGAAGGCUAUAAAAGCCCCGGUGAGCCUGGAGACCAAGAACGUGGACUACUGACAGAUAUUCCCUUGGUUCUGGGCCCCCAAGAAAUUGAGGCCUUACCUAUGAUUAUCCAAAUAGGGAUCUGCGCUGCACGGGACGUGGUCAUGCACGGUAGGGAUAUGCAAGGCAUGAGAUGCAACAUCCUUCUCGCUGGUGAAUCUGGUCGGAAUCUCCUUAGAGAAUUGCUCAUCUUCAUUGCUGCUUGGGAUCUCCAGGAUGACGAGAUGUAUUUCAAGCUUAUGAUGCAAAUCAUGGAGGCCAUACUGGAAAACGGACUCAUGCCGUACGCCUAUCAGACUUUCGCCGAAGUCAAGGAUAUCGUGUCGCCGGCUCAGAGUAUGGUCAUCAAGAUCCUCACGCAGAUUUUUCGUGGCAAGCAGGGUCUGCCUCCUACGACUGGAAAAGCAACCUGGACAGCCGGCAAUGCACAUGCAGAUACUUCUCGCCGAGUUGACGUCUACGUCGUGAAGUACAUCUUCACCAUCUUUCGCCAAUGCAUAAUUCCGGAAACCUGUGCUUUGAUCUAUCUCCAGGGCGAAAUCAAACAAAAGCACGCAAUGCCAGAGGACUUUCCUUUGAACCUCUGGGACAUGGAACGUGUCUACGAAGGCGUUUACCAGUUCCUCGAAUUCUUUGCUGUUCUUACCGAGAGCGAAGAAUGGAAAGACCUACUUGUGAAUUGGGAGAUUGUAUCAGAACUCGUAACCUUGCUCCGCGAACUCGAAGGCAGCAUUCCCCACGCUGACGUAACUACGACCCCUCUGCCUCAAACGACAGCAGACGCACAACAAGCAGCAAAGCAGCAAGCGCAGCAAACGCAGCAGCAGCCACCGCAGCCGGCCCAACCAUCUGUCGAUUCAGCCAAUCCAGUGGCAGUCGAGCGCCCUUUCGACGUUAACGAUGUUGCCGGCAUACCGAUGCCAACGGAUGGGCCGAUGCCAGCUCCGUCUCCCUUGUCCCAAACCGACAGUCAAGACCAAGACGCUCUCGACGCUGCCGACCCAUCUGACUUUGAGUGGCGCAACCUCAAGAAGCUCGUCAUACUUGUUCUAUCGUCUCUGGUAUGGAAGAGUCGCACGGUGCAGGACCAGAUCAGGCAGUAUGGCGGGGUCGAGAUGGUGGUAGCUUGCUGCACAUACGAUGGCAACAAUCCGUAUAUUAGAGAGCACGCGGUCAUGUGUUUGAGAUUCUUGUUGGAGGGGAAUGAGGAAAACAAAGAGCUAGUGAGGCGCCUUGAGAUGGGUGGGAAUCCAGUCUUUCCUGGUAUUCGCGGAGGUGGAAUUGUGAGGGCGGAGGACAUUGGAGAACGAGUCGUCAAUGCGCCGCUUCAAGCGGCUCAGCGGACGGUGGGGUCGUAA